UUUCGAACUCAUCACAAAUAAUUUAGCAAAGCAUCAGCCGACUAUGAUAAUAAUACCCGAAUAAAUAAAGAGUAAUAAAGACAUGCAAAAGUAUUAAAGAAGCUAAGAAAAAAAAAUAACUUGCCAUAACACCAGAGCCGUUAGUUUGCUGACUCAUGUUUAUUAGGUCAUUUUCUGUUGUUGUUUUGUUUGGUCCAUGUUAUUAACUUUUUAAAUAUUUUCCUUUUUCGAACACCCUUUAUGUGCAUGAUUUUCUGUCACAAACAGCUGUGUGUAGCAACGCAGUUGUUGAGUUAUGAAUACGUCAACCCAAAGAUAGACGGAUAAUAAUAACAGCCUAGCCAUGGUGUUGGCCACGACAGUUUUAGUGCUAAAGAUGACCACUAAACCAAAUAUAAAACAAAAAACAAAACAAAAAAAACUGAUGUGUGUGUGCGCUGAAUGUAUUUACAAAGCUUCGUUGUGCACUUGCCAGCUUUUGUUCCGGCAUUUAAAAUACUAACAAAAAAACAAACAUAAUACAAAUUUUUGAAAACAAAUUAUUCAUUUGCGAAUAAAUAAAACAGUUGUAUACGAAACUACACACACACACAUAUAUAUAUACACACUACACUAUUUAAAUAUGAUAAUUGUGAGUGAGUGAGUAGCAGAGUAGUCAAGAGCAAGUGAAUUGUGCUUCUCAAUUGGGAAGAUCUCGCCUAGUUGAGAACAUUGCUUACGCUCUCCACGAAUGCAUACCGUAGAUCACGCCGUUGGGCGCGAAUGGUGAGAGUGGGCCAAACAUUAAUCAGUAACUCACGCCAUUAGCUUUGGUGGGCAGCUACGUUGUGCUCAAACUCGUGCAUGUGUGUGUGUGUGCUUGUGUGCAGUACUCGUAUUUGGCUAGUUUUCGAUUCCGCAUUGCCAGCGUCAUUGUUGUACCUUCCCCGAAAGCCGGGCAAAGUAAAGCUGUGCAGCUGUAGUGAGAUUUUAGUUAACGCAGAUAUUUCGAGACAUAACGACCGUAAAACGCGGCGGCAGAACGCGUUUUAAACGAGAAAAAAAAAAACAAAUAAAAAAAUAAUAAUGUAAUAGGAAAAAUGCAGUUGGAUUGAUCUUGAUCUCAAAACUCCAUUGCGAUAACCUUUUCAUUUUGGAGAAAGUUUAAUCCUGUUGUGCAGUGCAGUAAUAACAGCUGGUCAACAAGAAAUACGAUUCGUGUAGAACAAUGAACUACAAGUGCAACCAAUGACUCACAGCCCAUCACUUAAAACCCCUAUAAUAAUGAAAGAAAACUUCGCCCUUCUAUUUCAGCGAAUUGUAAACGUGCAAAAUUUAUUAUUUUUGAAAAAGUGAACUCUAAAGAGAAACUGUAGCUUUGCGAAUUUUAUAAAAAGCAUUUGUGAUAAAAAAGGAAUACUUGAACUAAGAAACGUUUCCUAAUACAAAAAACAAAAGACUAAGCAUAAAUAUACUUAUAUCCGCCAUACCAAUCACAACCAUCCACAAUAAAAGCCAUGGAUUUGAAUUACCUCGAUUACCUCGCAUAUCUGGAGACUUUUUGGGCUUACUUUCCCUACCUCUUCUACGCGUUCGUCUUUCUCACUCUUAUACCGAAAUCCAUACGACGCAUCAAGGCCUUCGCUAAUGCCGACUACGAGGCCAAUCGUCACAAAUACCAUCGCUGCUAUGCGCCGGAUAUUUGCUGCCACACCUUGGGCGAGGCUAUGCCCAAGCCCAAGCCACGCAAGGCCGUUACGCGCGUCUAUCCGAAACGUCACAGUACAGCGGGCAGUACAGAAGCGCACUUCGCCAAACAGGAUACGAACGCCAAUCAUAUAAAACGGCAGGUAGAACCUGCCUCCAUACAAACGAACACGCACGUCAAUCAAAUUGCGAAAAUGUUCGAGAAUGUGCCCACAGUGACCGUGUCGCCAGUGCUGUUGGGCAAGAAAAUCAACCGUGUCACACCAACCCUACAGUGUUUGGAGGACGACGACAACAUAGCCGCAGCAGCGCCAACACCACCAAAGCCCACCACAUUGAAUGCAUCGCGCCUCUCACAGCUCCUCUCACAGGAGCAACUGGAGAACUCACUGAGUUUGCUGCAGCAAGCAAACACGGAUGAAGAACAGAAUUGGAUGCGCGAAUCACCGCCACGACGCACACGCCGCGAAGCGUCAAAUACGCUAAAUUAUGGCGCUGGCACCUCCACUACGCCAUCGACAGCUUCACCAGCUGCCUCAUCACCACUCUCCGACUCACCGCCGCUAUCGUCUUCGCCACUCGCAUCGCCGGUGAUGUUCCGCCCACAGCUUAAUAUGAAAUCCAGUUUGGAGGACAUUUUUGCUGCCAUCGCGCGAAAUGCAGAGAAAAACGAGAAUUUCAUUUAUGCCGGCUGCAAGACACUGCCGCCAGUCACCUCCAUCGAUGAUAUACUUUCACAGCGUCGCCUCUCACGUCCGCUCUCCGCAUACUCGAUCAGUGAUCUCUUGAACGAGGAAAGCAGUGCGAAGGAUGAGGCGCGUGUUGAGAAUUUUUUCACUGUGCUCAACACAACUUGAAAAGGCAGCGUAAAGGAA